AUGGUUUCAGGCGGCAAUGACGACAAUAUCCCUGCGGUAGUCUCUCUGGCAGCUGGCGGUGUGGCUGGCGGCGUAGAAGGAUUUCUCUCGUAUCCGUUGGAAUUCGCAAAGACGAGAGUCCAGUUGAGGGCUGAAUCAAAUGUGCCUACGCCGCGAAACCCUUUUUGGGUCGUGACACAGGUCUAUCAGCAGGAGGGCAUCAGGGCGCUGUACAAGGGCUGUGGCGCCCUAGUGUUUGGAUCAGUCGGAAAAGAUGCCGUUCGAUUUCUCUUCUUCGACCAGAUCAAGUCUUCUUUUGCCGAUCCAGAGACUGGCACCCUUUCUCCUCUGCGCAACUUACUCGCCGGUAUGACGGCCGGAGUCGUUGCAUCGAUAACCGCAGUUACACCAACCGAGCGCAUCAAAACCGCAGUCAUAGACGACGCUAGAAAUGAAAAGCGCUUCCGCUCUGGCCUGCAUGCUACCACUACCAUUUGGAAAGAGCAUGGUAUUUUGGGACUCUACCGCGGAUUCGUCGGCACCACGCUCAAACAAGCAUCAGCGACUGCAUUCCGACUGGGGACGUACAACAUCCUCAAGGACUUUGAAAAGAGCAAGAAUAUCGAGCAAAAUACAGCCAUCAACUUUGCAAAUGGAUCCGUAGCCGGCAUUGUCACAACCCUUUCCACACAGCCAUUUGACGUCAUCAAGACACGGUCGCAGAGCGCAAAGGGAACGACGACUGCCGAGGCCGUCAAGAGCGUGCUAAUGGAUUAUGGCAUUCGGGGAUUCUGGAAGGGCACCACCAUGAGGCUGGGACGCACAGUGUUUAGCGGCGGGAUAUUGUUCACGAGCUAUGAGGCCGCUGUCAAGAUUAUUCUGCCCUUGUAUCCCGGCGCCAGGCAGCUUGAAGCUACAUAG